AUGAAAAAAGAUUAAGAUGUAAAUGUAAUAGAUCAAACUGAGACCAUUUUUUAUCUAAAUCCUUAAAGCAAAUCAUAAAUAAUUAAACAUUAAUCUAAUGGAAUUAUAACUGAGUUAAAUUACUAUUAAGGCAUGCAGACAAUUUUAAAAAAGAAAAUUAUUCUCUAAAGCAAAUUAAUGAAUAUAAAUGUGUAAUUAGAUAUAAUGACAGAAAUUUCCAAUUUAAUAAAUAAUAACGAAACAAACUUAAAAAUGUGCUUCAUCGAUUCGCAAGAAUAAUAAUCAGAUUAAUAGAUGCUUUUUUAAUUAAUUUAUGCUAUAACAAUUUGUUAUGGGCAUUAAAUAAGAGAAAAAGAAAUUGAUGAAGCGAUAGUAGAAAUAAGCAAUCAAAUAAAUUUAAUAUGUUAAGAUACUUAUGUUAAAGGGGAUUUCAAUUUAAAACAAAAGAUAGUUUAACUGUUUGAGAGGUAUUCGGAACUGCUCGCUUGAAUUUGAUUAAAUAAAUA